AUGCAAUUUUUCUCAUCUAUAUCUUCCAUCCUUCGUCCGUUAAAUCUAUGUUCUGCUCCAACGCUAAGAAAGGUAGUAAAACAUAAAAAUAAACCAAAGACACAAGAAAAGGUAGGUGUAACUAGGUACCUGCCGUAUUUACCGCCAGGGUUGGUUGUAGAUACAGUAAAAUCGCUGAAGGAAAGAGAAUCCUUGUCCGAAAUAUUGGAUUUGAUAUUCAGUCCACUAAAACCUACCGAUACCCAAGAGGAACGUGUAUUGUAUCAGAACGUAUAUUCAUCAUACAAAGCUUACAAACAGAAAAUAGCAGACAAGUAUCUAGAGAGGCAGCUGUUUGUGGAGAAGGAAAUUUUUGAGGCUAUACAAAACUUGCCAGAAAAUCUCUAUGAUGAAGCUGUUCAGUCAGAAACUGAACCCAUCCCAGAAGAAUUAACAUACCAAAGGGCAUAUAGAGAUCAGUUAAUCAACUCUGAGUUGUCUGACUUUGAAGUAGAUAAGUUGGACGCUUAUAGAAUGCUCAUGUAUUUAAGGUUUCCACAUCUUGAUAUUAAAAAGAGAUCCCCUGGUAUGUUCUGGAUUGAAGAAAAGAAGGCCAUAUCUAGACAAAAACAAGCUUCUUUACUUGCACGCAGAAAGAAAUAA